CGUGAACUCGCUGCAUGUGGAGAAUGCUGACUGAGACAUGUGUGACGACAUGUGUCCUGUCAAACAGUCAUCGAUCAAGCCGCUACUGUCUACUGUGCCCCACGAGAACAACCAUCCUUUGCGCACGUGCGUCCCAUCAAGCCACAGCCCCUCACCGCGCUUGUCGUGACGGCAUGAAACUGUCAGUGACGCGGCACCGGCACGGUCACCCGCAUCUGCUGGACAGCAACAGAAGCGACCGACCAUACCGAGACGUCCAACAGAUACACGCCAUCAUGAACAGCCAGGAGUGAACCCAUUUCCACCACACGAACCACAAUCCAUCCAUCGAUCCAUCCAUGCCCAUGCCCAUCAUGCCAUCACAGUGCCUCUGUCUUUCUCAACAGCUCACAGCGCAACACAACACACCACGCCACACAGAUGAAUGCCAUCCAUUACCCACUGUCAUCCCCCCUGUCUCGCUUUUUGUCUUUCUUGCUGCGUUUCUUGUCCUUUUUGCGCUUCUUGUCCUCCCGCCCGUGGUGCUUCCGCUUCUUCUUGUCCUUGUGGUGGGAAUGGCGCUUCCUCCGAGACUCGCGACCUGACACCAGCCAGUGACACACAUACAUGAGCGUGUGGGAGUGUGUGUUUUGAUGUUGGUUUGGGCUUACGGUCAGACGAGCUGUCUGAGCUCUCUGACGAAUCGGACGACUCAUCUCGCCGCCUCUUGUCGUGGUCUCUGGGUCUCUCCUCGUGAGCGCGCUUCCUCUUGCUGCCCUUGCCCUCAGCCCCGGCGGUCUCGUCUCUCCGCUGCCCCAACAGCGCCUCCUCCUCCUCUCCGUCUGGCGGCGCCUCCACCAUGGCGUACUUCUUGGAGCCAGCCUUGCUGCUUGCAUAGCACUCAUGGGCCAUGUGACCAGACCUGACAGCCACACACACGACCAAGGUGGCAGACGGAUAUCCAUUGUUGUGCAUUGGGGUUUGAGUUGGGAGGUGGGAGCGUACCCGCCACAUCGAGGGCAGUUUGUGUUGUACACAGCUCCAAGGCGGAUCCUGUCGCCGCCACCACCGCCUGGGCCGCCUCUGCGGUCGUCGGCAUGAAGGUUCUCGGGAUCUGACAGACAGAGGAAUGAACAAAGCACAGACACUUGGCCUCCGCCGGUCGCCCACCCACCCACCCACCCACCCACCACCCACACUCGCUGACCUUUGUCUUCUCCGCGCGUCUGCCCGACGUAUCGCAUGUCGACGCCGUAGCGGCCGUCAUCCUCGACAUUCACCACCUUGACGAAUACCUCGUCGCCCACCUCCAGCACGCUCUCGAUCUCCUCGAUCUUCUCGUGCGAGAUGCGGCUGAUAUGCAGCAGACCGUCACGGUCGUAGCCAUCGAUCUGCACCAACGACAGACACGACGGACACAGAGGAGAGGAAUGCAAUGCAUCACUCAUGCAGCUGCAGAUGGCCGUGGUGUGAAUUUGUUGUGUGGCUAACGCUGAUGAAGGCGCCGAACGGCUGGAUGGUCUUGACCCUGCCCUUGUGAAUGGUGUGCAGCCGUGGCGGCUCGGUAUUGCCACGAGGCUCCCUUCUCCCCCUGCCGCCCUCUGUGUCGCCAUCCUGCCCGCCUCCUCCCAGCCGAAUCUGGUUCGCACCAGUGGCGCUCGAGGGCGGGCCUCGCGACUCUCUCCGCCCACUGGCGUGAGCAUUGUCGGGAUCUGACGACAUGACAGAGGGACAAAUCGCCUGGACGGUAUGUAUAUUGGUGUUGGCUCGGCACUCACCUCCGUCUUCGCCGUCCUUUUGCCCGACGUACCGCAUAUCGACCCCGUACUUGCCAUUCGGCUCGACAUUCACCACCUGUGGAAUACACACACAUGCACGCACACACGCGAUGCGUGUUGAGCUGUCAUGCGACUGGCUGUGACUGGCUGUUUGUCGGUCUCACCUUGACGUACACAUCAUCGCCGACGUGCAGGACGUCCUCCACUCUCUCUGUCUUGUCUGUGGAGAUCCGGCUUAUGUGGAGCAACCCAUCGCGGUCAUAACCGUCUACCUGAACACACACACAGGCAGACAGGAUACGCCAUUACCCUUCGUGUGCAUGGUGGGUGAGUCCAUCGGCUCACUCUGAUGAAUGCACCGAAGGGCUGAAUGGUCUUGACCUUCCCCUUGUGAAUGGAGUACAGCGGUGGCGGCUGGACGUUCCCGCGAGGCUCGCGGUCUCUCCGCCCUCCUCGGCCAUCGUCAGCUCUACCACCAGAUGGCCCGUCACGCCGAUCUCUGUCCCUGCCUGAUGGGUGGUCACGGAAUGACCUGCCGAACUCCCCUCCGAGGAACCCGCCGCCGAGGCCAUCGAAGUCGCCUUCCUCUAGAUCCAUCGAUAACCACCUGACGGUGAUAACCACC